AAGGGUGCAGCGGGACUGUGCGGGAGGGGGCGUGUGUGUGACGCUGUCACUCGCUGACGCACAAGGCAAGUAGUCCCUGGAGGUGCCCCCGGGGUUGCGGCGCUCAGAGUGUGGGGGAUGGGGGGACGCUCAGGCUCAUCCCGCCUCCCAGUCUCGGUGGAGUUUGCCCUCUAGCCCGGCAUUUUUCUGCUGCAUUCAGGGAAAGCGCAUUUGAACCCCCACGCUACCGGUGCUCUCUGCCCUUGCCCAAAAAAGCGAUCGUGAAAAAAAAAAAAAAAAAAAAAAAAGCAAACCGUUCGUAGCUGGAAACUUUCGGAUCUCGCCACCCAACGUGGGCUUGGCGGCUGCUGCUGGGCCGGAACCGUCUGGAAUGACAAAAAGGUGGGGGCGGGGAGGGGAGAACUGGGAAAUGGGUCAUCUAAGGAGGGACUCGGACGAACACCCCACGCACAGUUCCCCGGGGGCUCCGGACUGCAUCUUCCGGCAGCCCUGUCUGCCUGUGACCCCAGAACACAGCCCUCUCUAUCCCUGGCUCUGCGUCCCGCACAGUCACAAAGAGGCAGAGCAGCCCGCGUGGCCAGAGGCAGGACAGGGGGCCUCAGGGCGCGGGGCUGGUGCGCCCAGUCCCGAGUUCCCGGGGCCUAGCUCCGCCGCCCGAGGGGCCGUAGUGGCUGCGAGCCGGGCACCCCUUGCACGGUCAGGGGCUACUCGACGCCAGCGAGACUGCCUAGAAGAAAUGUGGCUCUCCCGCGUGCCCCACACUGGGGUCGCUAGCCAAGGAGAACAAACCCGAGUCGAGAGGGGCUGCGCCCGCGCGCCUGCGCAAAGCCGGCGCCGGCCCCCCCCGGGCUGCGAGUAAAGGAGCGCCAGAGGCGGCGAGGGGUAGGUCUAUUGUAGCGCUCAGCUCGUUUUCUCGGCCGUGGGCCUAGUCCUCGCCUCUUCCUCCCGCACAGCGCGGCUCAGGCCUGCCUGAAACGGGUCCGACUCGUUUCCAGAGCCCGCGCCGUCCCCUCCGCUCUCCCUCAGCGGAGGCCGUAACUGGGGUGAUGCGAGGGCCGCGGGCAGGGCCAGACACCCGGAGCCGGAGCUGGAGGAAGGCCCCGGGAAAUGGCUCGGGCAAAGGUCCGAACCGUGUAAGCUGAGGCAGGUGCAGGGCGGAGGAGUCAGCGGGGAAGUUCCCGGAGGGCCUGGUGACUCCGUUCCCUCCCCCGCGACACUCGUCCCUCAAACACAACUAAAGAGAGCACUGUGUCCGGCCCGUGAGCAACCUGGCCUCGGGCGCCCUCAGCCCUCUCGGAGCGCCUGUCCUCAGGGAGAACACCUCACAAAACGCGCACGAGUUCAGAGUGGUGUGGGAAUCAAGAAAAGGAGUGCGGCGCAUCGCCGUGACGGGGCGGGAAAGGCGGGAGGCAGGAGCAGGAGGGCUCCGCGUGCACCAAGGGGCCGAGGAAUGGCUCCGCGCGGUACCAGCGAGCCGAGGCGCUGGGCGGCCUGGGAAGUAGUCCCGGCCGUGCUCCGGCCCCGCCCCUGCAGGGCGGAGGGACGCAUCACGCAGGGGUGGGGAAGCGGGAUCCGUGCGCAGGGUUGCUAAGGGUGAAACUUUUCAUUGACUUUGCUCACUUCGGGCCGGGGCGCGGGAAGGUGUGGGUUGUCAGCGGAGACAAGCCAGUGGCUCGGGCGGCGCGGGGCCAGAAGGGCAGGACCGCCCGCCGGCGACAGCCCAGACCGUCUUCCGUUCCGCGACACGAACCACCCUCCAGUCCGCCAUCCCCGCGCCGUCGCCGCUGGUCCGUCCACCUGCUCUCCGUCCCCACGCCGCCGAGCCCGACCUCCUAAGAGCUGAAAGAAAUUCUUGAGAGUCCUAGCCCAUAGUCCCCUGCUUCGUCCCCCAACCCUCAACGACGAAAAGGACUUCGAUCCCCGACCCACCGGCACCCGGGAAGGAAGGGAAAGAGACCUCCGCCCCGCGCUCAGGACCACCCUGGAGGGAGAAGCCGCCCCGAGGCCGGCAGAGCGCCCCGCCGCCGCGGAGACCCGAAGCUGUCUGGAGCCCAAGGCUGUGCACGUGCCCUGUGCUGAUUCUCUGCCUAGGAAAGGACCAUGCAGCUAGAAAUCAAAGUGGCCCUGAACUUCAUCAUCUCCUACUUGUACAACAAGCUGCCCCGGCGCCGGGCAGACCUGUUUGGGGAAGAGCUAGAGCGGCUUUUGAAAAAGAAAUAUGAAGGCCACUGGUACCCUGAGAAGCCACUGAAGGGCUCUGGCUUCCGCUGUGUUCACAUUGGGGAGAUGGUGGACCCUGUGGUAGAGCUGGCUGCCAAGCGGAGUGGCCUAGCAGUAGAAGAUGUGCGGGCCAAUGUGCCUGAGGAGCUGAGCGUCUGGAUUGAUCCCUUUGAAGUGUCCUACCAGAUUGGUGAGAAGGGAGCUGUGAAAGUGCUGUACCUGGAUGACAGUGAGGGCUGUGGUGCCCCAGAGCUGGACAAGGAAAUCAAGAGCAGCUUCAACCCUGAUGCCCAGGUGUUUGUGCCCAUUGGCAGCCAGGACAGCUCCCUGUCCAAUUCCCCAUCACCAUCCUUUGGCCAGUCACCCAGCCCCACCUUCAUUCCCCGCUCUGCCCAGCCCAUCACCUUCACCACCGCCUCCUUCGCUGCCACCAAAUUUGGCUCCACUAAGAUGAAGAAGGGGGGUGGGGCAGCAAGUGGUGGGGGUGUAGCCAGCAGUGGGGUGGGUGGCCAGCAGCCACCACAGCAGCCUCGCAUGGCUCGCUCACCCACCAACAGCCUGCUGAAGCACAAGAGCCUCUCUCUGUCUAUGCAUUCACUGAACUUCAUCACAGCCAACCCAGCCCCUCAAUCCCAGCUCUCGCCCAAUGCCAAGGAGUUUGUGUACAACGGUGGUGGCUCACCCAGCCUGUUCUUUGAUGGGGCCGAUGGCCAGGGCAGUGGCACGCCAGGCCCUUUUGGAGGCAGUGGGGCUGGCACCUGCAACAGCAGCAGCUUUGACAUGGCCCAGGUCUUUGGAGGUGGUGCCAACAGCCUCUUCCUGGAGAAGACGCCCUUCGUGGAAGGCCUCAGCUACAACCUGAACACCAUGCAGUAUCCCAGCCAGCCGUUCCAGCCCGUGGUGCUGGCCAACUGACCAUCUACCUGCCCCUAGGGCCAGGAGCACCCAAGACCACAGAAAAGAGAAAGGGAAGGAAAGGCCAAAAAAAGGAAAGAAAAAUGUACAAAAAGAUUUUCGAUCUUCUCACUCUCACUUCUAGAAAAAAGAUGCAGCCCAGGCACGGAAUGGGAGGGCCCCACAAAGCACCGAAGUGUGUUUCACUCACCCCCCUACCGCUCGCCCACCGGCCUGUGAUUUAUUUGGUUGGUUUGGGUUUUAUAUUUUUUUUUUUUCUUCUUCUUACAUGUAGUUUUCUAUAUAACAUCUUUAAUGAGUGGCUUCCUGUGCUAAGAAUGGUCCAGAUGUGAAUUGCUGCUCCCUGCUCCUCCCUUCCUCCUUCACACUCCUGGUUUAGGAUUGGUGUGUCCAAGCUCACAGGGAAGGAAGAGCUGCAGCUGAAGCCUAAUCCUCCCUGAAACAGGGAGAGGCUGGCUCAUGUCACUGCCUCUGUCACCCAGCUAUCCUCGCACUCAAAGCCAUCCAACCUCAGCAGGCCUUCUCGGGCCCUGCCACCUGGAUAGGUCCGACCCCAGUCCCCGCUCCCUUUCAGGCAGGGCCACAGGGAAUUACCAGCUGGCCACUUGACACCCUCCCCUUAGAGCUGAUGUCUGUGACUACAGGGAGGUUAGCAGUUGUCUAGUGGAACUCCUUUCAUCUCUGUCCUGUGGCCCCACUCCACCAUUCCCUCCAGGCCCAGACCAUCACCAUGGCCCUGGCCACCUGGCUAUCGAUGCAUGUGGCCUUUCUUUCCCUCACGUGGCUCCUUCUUCCCCAGGCCAGAGGUUGUGGGUAGGGAGGGGUGUGUGUGUAUAUGUGUAUUUGGUUUGCUGUCCUUUUUUAAAGGAUUCCAAGCCAUGUGAAACUUCCCUUCUUCAUGUGAUUCUGGGUUGCAACAAGUGCUUCUUUAUGUGUGAGGCUGGGGGUACUGGCAGUCCUUUUGCAGGGCAGUGUGUGUGGCGGGAUGACACCACUGUGGCUGAGCCCGAGACACUCCCAUAGAAAGCACUGCAGAAGGAACUGGUUUGCAGACUGUGGAGGGAUCUGCCCUUUUGUUUUUGACCAAAAAAA